CUUAAUGACUGAGCCAUCCAGGCGCCCCAGCCUCUUUGUAUUUUUAAAAAAGAUUUUACUUAUUUAUUUGACAGAGAGAGUGAGUGCACAAGCAGGGGGAGCGGCAGGCAGAGGGAGAGGGAGAAGCAGUCCCGCUGCUGAGCAGAGAGCCCCACGCGGGGCUCGAUCACAGACCCUGGGAUCAUGACCUGAGCCAAAGGCAGAUGCUUAACCUACUGAGCCACCCAGGUGCCCCAAGAAACCUCUUUGUAUUUUUAAAAUUAAUUUUGUUUCUGUUUUUGCUGAUCUGCUAAUGCUUUAUGGGAGGGUGCAUUCCCAGGGCCGUAAGAAGAGGCAAGGGAAAGAAGAAAAGCAAAUGAGAGCAAUGAAUUAGUCUUUAAAAAAAGAAGGCUUGGGUGCCUGGGUGGCUCAGUUGGUUGAGCACCCUGCCUUCGGCUCAGGUCAUGAUCCCAGGGUCCUGGGAUCGAGUCCCACACUGGGCUCCCUGCUCAGCGGGGAGUCUGCUUGUUCCUCUCCCUCUGCCACUCCCCCUGCUUGUGCGCUCUCACUUUCUGUCAAAUAAAUAAAUAAAAUAGGCUUUGUUUUUACAUCACCAGACUACCAUCAUCAUGCCUAACAACAUUAACAGUAUGCAUUCUUUCCACCAAGCAGGGAGGACAACGUCCAGCAGCCACAAGGGAUGCUGCUGGCUCAGCGGCCAUCUGAAACGAGCUCCUUCUCACAAGGUUUUGGGGCGGUUCUGUGCAGGGAUGGGGAAACUGCAAAGCAAGCUCAAACACAGCACUUAUAAAUACAGCAGGCCCGACGGGAUUAUAGAAGAGAGAACUCAAACUAAAUCUUGUCUGGAGUAUAGCCCAGCUCACGUGGAUAGUGUCUCUGUCGUUGCUGCUCUGAACUCAGACCUGUGUGUCUCUGGAGGAAAAGAUAAGACAGUGGUGGCCUAUAACUGGAAAAGUGGAAAUGUGGUGAAAAGGUUCAGAGGACAUGAACGAGAGAUCACUAAGAUAGCCUGUAUUCCCAGAUCCAGCCAGUUCUUCAGCGGCUCUCGUGACAGGACAGUCACAAUGUGGGACUUGCGUGGCCCUUCCCAGCCAAGGCAGCAGUUCUCUGGCCACGCCAUGGUGGUCACUGGAUUGGCUGUGAGUCCAGACUCGUCACAGCUGUGCACUGGCUCUCGGGACAACACCCUGCUUCUCUGGGACGUUGGGACCGGACGGUGUGUGGAGAGAGCUUCCAUCUCGAGGAACCUGGUCACUCACCUGCGCUGGGUCCCCCACCAACCAUAUGUACUACAGACUUCUGAAGAUAAAACCAUCAGAUUAUGGGACAGCCGGGGGCUGCAGGUAGCUCAUAUAUUUCCCACAAAGCAGCAUAUUCAGACCUACUGCGAGGUCAGUGAGGACGGACACAAGUGUAUCUCCUGCAGCAGCGGCUUUGGAGGGGAAGGCUGCGAAGCCACGCUGUGGGACCUAAGGCAGACUCGGAACAGAAUAUGUGAAUAUAAGGGGCAUUUCCAGACUGUUGCAUCCUGCGUCUUUCUACCAAGAGCACUGGCCUCGAUGCCUAUAAUUGCUACCUCAUCGCAUGACUGUAAAGUGAAGAUUUGGAACCAAGAUACUGGAGCCUGCCUGUUCACCUUGUCCCUGGAUGGAUCAGGACCUUUGACUUCCCUGGCUGUUGGCGACACCGUCUCCUUACUGUGUGCAAGUUUCAGCAGAGGAAUUCACCUGCUCAGAGUGGAGCACAGCCGAGGGCUGGAGCUGCGAGAAGUGGCAGUAUUCUGAGGCCAGGAGACACUCACUGGACAAUAUCAAACUGUGGCCCGUCCUUUCUUGGUGUGGCUUUGUGUUUCCCGGUGAUCUCGCGGGGAGGGUGAUGUGCGAUUCUCUGCUUACGUUCACUCAGAAGGUGUAUCAGGGUUAGAAGCCAAUUUAAGCCCAGGUGCCGUUUAGAAACAUGAUAGGCCUCUGUGAGUCGGAACACGGGGUGGAGUGUAUCAGACUGACCUAUUCUAUGUCUCCACAGAAGGAAAAGCCACAGGGGGAGAGACACCGUUCAGAUGGCCUCACAGUUACCCAGACGGGAGAGGGGAGCGCAGCUCCGUAGAGGACCUGGGUUGUAGACAUGACAUUCAGCUCCAGCUCACCAUGCUCCUCAGCAAGGUGAAGAAGUCUGGGCUUCCACUCGGAAGAGCAGCAGAGUGCAGGUGGCGGGUCCGAGACCAGUGCUCAGGCAGCAUGAAAAUUAGACCCCAGGUGGCUUGAAAAGGCUGACGACCGCAGGGCCUUGCCCCGAAUCCUAGCUGUCUGACCUGUUCUGUGCACAAAGAAAUGGAGAGUUUCCAGAAAUGAAGGCUAAAAAAAUUUCAUUUGUACAUUUUAAUAUUUUUAUUUCAUUUUAUAUAAACUCUUAGGGAUGACCAGUGUGAGGUGAAGGAGAGUCUGCAAAGGCAGUAGAAUAUAGAGGGGCGCCUGGGUGGCUCAGGCAGUUGAGCGUCCGACUCUUCGAUUUCAGCUUGAUUCAUGAUCUUGGGGUGAUGGGAUCAAGCCCCAUGUCAUGCUCCAUGCUCAGCAGGGAGUCUGCUGGAGAUUCUCUCUAAAAUAAAUAAAUAAACUCUUAAAAAAAAAAAAAAAGAA